AUGACGGAAAAUUCACAGAAAAAUACUUCGAGCCAGGAUCACUCAUCGCUUUACGAGGACGCCUCGGCGUUGCUGGUGCUUGCCAGGGGAAGAGACGAGCCUCGUGUUGGGGAGCCUCGCCAUGAGGAGCCCAAACCUCGUAAUGAAGUAGAUCGAACACCAAAGACAUCAAGACCAGAGUCAUUUGCAAGUGCCUCAGAAGCACGAUCACCGAUUGGAAACCACCGAAGAACUUCAGAGAUGCCAUCGCCCGGGGCUAUUAAUGCAGUUCAGACCGAAAGACCAGAAUUCACGUCUAGUCCAACUUCGUCUCGAUCCGCUUCCAGCAAAGGCAUAAUCGCAGCUGCGGCUUUGGCAGCUGCAGCCACGGUGCCGUUGCCACUCAAGAAACAAGACCAAGAUAAACAGGAGGUUGAAGUAGACACAUCCAAAAAGUCUUCCAACAAGCGCAAGAACUCGUCCGAGUUGACAGAGCCGUCGAGUUACAUCGUUGAUCCUGAUGCCGGUGUAAUUACAUGUAUAUGUGGCUUUGACGACGACGAUGGAUUCACAAUUCAGUGCGACCUUUGUAAUCGCUGGCAGCACGCCGUAUGCUACGGGAUCCGUGACAUUGAAACAGCCCCAGACGACCAUUUGUGCAGCACUUGUCAUCCACGUAAAGUCGAUGCUAAGAGAGCCAAGAGGAAGCAACAAGAAAGACUGGGUCCUAAGAAUAAAAAGCGGAGGCAAAAGAGUAAUCAGGACGAUGACCAAAUUCGCAAAACUUCUACUUCCAGCAGUGCUGCGCAAUCAGCCAAUAUCACCGCAACUGGCCUCAAUGAAGUUGAACCUGAAAUUGCCCCCGAGCCAAAGCCCAUAGAAAAAUUACUUACCGCGGCAGAACACUUCCCGCUCGUUUACGCUCCUCUUUCUUCAAAUUACUACAAAGACGCCUACGUCAAAAAGUUUCUAGACACCCACAGUAACGACGAUUGGGUCUUACCUUACAAUCAUUCGACUUUGAAAGCUUUGCCGUUGGAAAUAAGAUCUUAUGAAGAAAAUGCACGCACCUUUUCAGGCCUCCCGAAAUUGGGAGUUUACAUCGCUUGCAAUUGCUCUACUGGAUCGUUUAUAGAGGAAGUGUUAGGAGACGUCGAUUUCAGUUCGCAUUAUUAUAGAGACCCGAGAAAUGAUUACCGCGUUUAUGGAACAACCAAAUCCAAGGUGUUUAUGCAUCCGAAUUGGCCUGUUUGCAUCGAUUCGAGACUUUCUGGAAAUCUGACACGAUUUCUGCGAAGAAGCUGUCAGCCGAACGUGGAGCUGGUAUCCGUUCGAAUGAAAUCUGAGAAGCCCGAUGUCAGGUUUGUGUUGCGUGCGCUGCGAGACCUAACAGACGGUGAAGAAUUGCACAUUGGGUGGCAAUGGGAUUUGCGACACCCUAUUUGGCAUCUCAUCAAGGGCACUAGUAAAAAUGUUGAUUCGCUGGACGACCAGAAUAAAUUUACGUUGGUGCAUUCUAUCGACACGAUUCUCGGAACUACGGAUUGUGGCUGUGGCAAGAACAAUAGAGAUUGCUACCUACUGAAGGUCAAAAGAUACAGUCAGUCGCUAAUUAAGUCCACGAAGUCCAAGACGAAUACGCUAUUCAAGCUGGGAGAAAUUCUGCAAAAUGCUCAAGCCAGAAUAAACAAAAAGCCUCAGACUUCGAUUUUAUCGCGACUGACGCACGAAGCAAUGAUCAGCGCGGAAAGGGCAAACGAGAUGAUUGUUGAUUUCCAUGCGGCCAAAAUAAAGUAUUCGAAGGACCAAAGGUCCACACCGGGUGGUCAUGUUGAGGACGACGUUUCUCAGCCGACAAUUGAAUCUCAGCCUAAACCCUUUAAACUAUUCCUUGUGGACAGACACUUCACCGUUAAACGGCCCCGGCCUGCUAUGAAGCUUUCUCAAACCAGUAGCGACAGCACUUCUGCCGUGGUCAGUCCUUUGCAGUAUGACGAAUCGCAUAUAACCGACUUGAAAGCGCUACCUUUGCCGGUUGAAUUACAAAUUCCGUUGACCUCGUCUGUUUCCAACGCUGGAGAAAAGUCACCAGCCGCGACGCCAAUAACCGGCACGUACGAGGUUGCGUCAUCUUUCGGUGGAGGUGUAGCAGCUCCGGCUGCGGUAACUACUGGUCCUACUGAGAUGCACAACACGUUGAAGAAGAAACUCAGCUUCGCCGAUUACAAGAAGAAGAUGAAGCCGGUCUAG